UUUUUGGGGGUUUUGGAGUGAUUUUUUUCUUUCUUCUUCACAGAGCUGUGGAACUCUACACUCAGUAGCGUGGUGGAAUGCUAAAGUAAAGUCAGUGUUCUCUGCAAAUAAUCAAUGGAUCAAAUUCAAAGAGGAGUAGGCGGAGGAGCUCCUCCUUCCAGAGCUCACCAGUUUCACCCUUCUCGAAAUCCUAUCGUUGAUCUCUUCAACCUCUACCUCGGUAGGAAUUUGCGGCAAAAGACUGAAGAUGUAAUCAGAGAAUCUCCAAACAAGUCUCAAAAGAGGAUAACUGCUUUUAACCGUGACCUUCCUCCUCGGAACGAACAGUUUGUUUCUGAUUUUGAACAACUUCAGGCCCAGUUUCCGGACCAGGAGCAAUUGCGUGCAGUUACAGAAUCUGUCCUUAUUACUUUGGUUGUGCAAUGUAGUAGUCACACACCGCGGGCAGAGUUUCUUCUGUUCGCGUUGCGUAGCUUGUGUACCAUGGGUUAUGUAAAUUGGGACACAUUCUUGCCUUCUCUCCUUUCUUCAGUUUCCUCAGCAGAGACAUCCAUUGGACAAACAAGUCAUCAAGCAGCAUCAAGUAGCCUUGCGUCUUCAGGUUUGACACAUAUUGGAAUGAUGCAAUCAUCAAGUGCAGUUCCUAACUCCACUUUUCAUUCCACAAAUCCUGCGUCUCCUUUAACCUCAAUGCAUGGCAUUGGAUCUCCUGCUCAGUCAGCGUCAGAACCAUCUACAACUAUGUCACCCAUCAAGUCUUCAACUUUUGCCUCCAAUGGGCAGAAAAUUGUUUCUAGGACAAAUCCUUCACUAAGAGAUUCUGCUGUUAGCUGUUUACGUCAGUUGUCAUGUAAGAUCAUUUUGGCUGGCCUUGAAUCCAAUUUGAAGCCAGUUACACAUGCUGAUAUUUUCACCCAAAUGCUGAAUUGGUUAGUUAAUUGGGACCAAAGAACCCAGGUUAAUGAAACUGAUGGACUAAAAGCUUGGAAACCAGAUAGGUCUCUGAAUGACUGGCUGCACAGUUGCUUAGAUGUAAUUUGGCUGUUGGUUGACGCAGAUAAAUGUAGGGUUCCGUUCUAUGAAUUGCUUCGCAGUGGCCUGCAGUUUAUGGAAAAUGUACCUGAUGAUGAAGCCUUGUUUACUCUGAUUUUGGAGAUCCAUAGGAGACGAGAUAUGGUGGCCAUGCACAUGCAAAUGUUGGAUCAGCACCUUCACUGCCCAACAUUUGGUACUCAUCGAUUAAUGACUCAAGCUUAUCCAAGUGUAUCAGGUGAAUCAGCAGCUAGCUUGCGUUAUUCUCCCAUCACAUAUCCGAGUGUACUAGGAGAGCCUUUGCAUGGAGAGGAUCUAGCAACCUCCAUCCAAAAAGGAAAUAUGGACUGGGAAAGAGCUCUUCGUUGUGUAAGACAUGCUCUUCGAACAUCCCCAUCACCUGACUGGUGGAGACGUGUGCUACUUAUGGCUCCCUGUUAUAAAUCUAAUGCUCAAGGAUCAACUCCUGGUGCUGUUUUCUCUAGUGAGAUGAUUAGCGAGGCAACCAUCGAGAGAACAGUUGAACUGUUGAAGAUGACAAAUUCAGAUACACAUUUCUGGCAAGAGUGGCUUAUAUUUUCGGAUAUAUUUUUCUUUCUCAUGAAGAGUGGUUGUAUUGAUUUUCUCGAUUUUGUGGACAAGCUUGCUUCUCGAGUUCUGAAGGGUGAUCAUCAGAUUCUUCAGAGCAAUCAUGUGACGUGGCUGCUGGCACAAAUUAUUCGAAUUGAGAUUGUGACAAACGCCCUAAACUCAGACCCCAGAAAGGUGGAGAGUACCAGAAAGAUUCUAUCUUUUCAUAAAGAGGAUAGAAACUCAGAUCCGAAUAACGUUACCCCUCAAAGCAUCCUGUUUGAUUUUAUAAGCAGUAGUCAGACUUUACGUAUUUGGUCUUUCAACACUUCAAUUAGAGAGUAUUUGAAUCACGAGCAGCUUCAAAAGGGCAAGCAGAUAGAUGAGUGGUGGAAGCAAGUAACAAAAGGAGAGCGUAUGCUUGACUAUAUGAAUUUGGAUGAUAGAUCAAUUGGAAUGUUUUGGGUUCUGUCAUAUACAAUGGCGCAGCCUGCUUGUGAAGCAGUUAUGAAUUGGUUGACCUCAUCUGGAGUAACAGAAUUGUUACCAGGAUCAAAUGUGCAGUCUAAUGAGAGGGUAAUGGUGAUGCGAGAAGUUUGCCCCAUGCCAAUGUCACUAUUAUCUGGUCUUUCCAUCAACUUAUGUCUUAAACUCGGCUAUCAGCUCGAAGAAUCUAUGUUUUUUAAUCAGGUUAUUCCGAGCAUUUCAAUGGUUGAAACGUACGUCAGAUUGCUUCUAGUUGCGCCUAAUUCAUUAUUUAGAGUGCAUUUUACGAAUUUGGCGACGAGGAAUCCAGCUAUACUAAACAAGCCUGGCGUAUCCCUACUUCUGCUGGAAAUACUAAACUACCGUUUCCUUCCACUUUAUAGGUAUCAUGGGAAGUCCAAGGCAUUAAUGUAUGAAGUUGCAAAAAUAAUUGCGAUGCUAAGGGGAAGACGAGCAGAGCAUCGCGUAUUCAGAUUGGCUGAAAACCUAUGCAUGAACCUCAUCUUGUCACUACGAGAUGUGUUUUUGGUGAAAAAAGAUUUGAAGGGUCCAACCGAAUUCACAGAAACAUUGAAUAGGAUGACGAUAAUCAGUCUUGCUAUUACUAUCAAGAUCCGUGGUAUUGCCGAAGUUGAGCAAAUGGUUUACCUUCAACCGCUUUUGGAGCAAGUAAUGGCAACUAGUCAGCAUACUUGGUCAGAGAAGACAAUGCGCCAUUUCCCUCCUGUUAUUCGUGAAGCUUUAUUGGGACGGAUGGACAAAAGAGGGCACGCCAUUCAAGCUUGGCAACAGGCAGAAACAACUGUUAUUAACCAAUGCACACAGCUUCUGUCCCCCUCUGCUGAUCCAUCUUAUGUUCUGACUUACAUUAACCAUAGUUUUCCUCAACAUCGACAAUAUCUAUGUGCUGGUGCUUGGAUUCUUAUGCAUGGCCACCCUGAAAGCAUUAAUAGUGCAAACCUCGGACGUGUCUUGAGAGAAUUUACGCCCGAAGAAGUGACAUCUAAUAUUUACACUAUGAUUGAUGUACUUCUUCAUCAUAUUCAUAUGGAAAUGCAACAUGGGCAUCUCCAACAGGACCUUCUAGCAAAAGCUAGUGCCAACCUUACGUUUUUUAUAUGGACACAUGAGCUACUUCCAUUAGAUAUCUUGCUGCUAGCACUUAUUGACCGUGAUGAUGACCCUAAUGCUCUGCGGAUAGUGAUGGCUCUGAUUGAUAAGCAAGAGCUUCAACAAAGAAUCAAAUUAUUUUGUAUGAACCGUGGCCCCCCUGAGCAUUGGCUUCACUCAGGAAUUUUCAAGCGUGUCGAGUUGCAGAAAGCUCUUGGGAAUCAUCUCUCUUGGAAGGAGCGGUACCCACCCUUCUUUGAUGAUAUUGCAGCUCGCUUGCUUCCAGUCAUUCCUUUAAUUGUUUACAGGUUUAUUGAGAAUGAUGCUCAUGAUGUGGCCGAGAGGUUCCUUGCUGCUUAUUCUGCCUUGCUCGCCUACCACCCUUUGAGGUUCACAUUUGUCAGAGAUAUUCUUGCCUAUUUCUUUGGUCAUCUUCCAAGCAAGUUGAUUGUGAGAAUUCUAAAUGUACUCGAUCUUUCCAAGAUCCCAUUCUCCGAAUCAUUCCCUCGUCACAUUAGUUCAUCAAAUCCUGCAACAUGCCCACCACCAGACUAUUUUGCAACUCUCCUGUUGGGAAUAGUAAACAAUGUUAUUCCCCCUCUAAAUAACAAAUCCAAAUCUGGAGCGAUGGGAGACACUGUUACCAAUUCUCGGACCGCAUAUAACAGAACCCAAGCACCAUCGCAUUCGGGCCCGAUAAAUGCUUCGGAGGUUCAGAAACCAUUUUAUCAAAUUCAAGAUCCUGGCACGCUUACCCAGCUUUAUCUUGAAACAGCAGCCAUUGAACUCCUCUCACUACCAGCAUCGCCUUCUCAAAUAGUAACUGCACUUGUUAAUAUAGUCGUGCAUGUUCAACCCACACUAAUUCAGUCCAGUAGCGGUCUUCAAGGAACAUCAAGUGGUGUUAGUCAAGGAUCUGUUCUACCAAACUCACCUACAGCUGGAAGCACAGACUCCAUGAACACAAGCCGAUCGAAUCCUUCAACUACAGGAAUCAACACCAGCAACUUUGUUUCAAAAAGUGGUUAUACGAGCCAACAAUUAUCCUGUUUGAUGAUCCAAGCUUGUGGUCUUCUAUUAGCUCAGUUACCUCCGGAUUUUCAUGUGCAACUUUAUUUAGAGGCAUCACGUAUAAUUAAAGAGUGUUGGUGGCUCACUGAUGGGAAAAAGUCAGUUAAGGAGCUAGAUUCUGCUGUUGGAUAUGCUUUGCUGGAUCCAACGUGGGCCGCUCAAGAUAACACAUCAACAGCCAUAGGUAAUAUAGUUGCGCUCCUUCAUUCUUUCUUUAGUAACCUUCCUCAGGAAUGGCUUGAAGGGGCACAUGCAGUUAUUAAGCAUCUUAGACCUGUCUCAUCUGUUGCAAUGUUGAGGAUAGCAUUCCGUAUACUUGGUCCUUUGCUCCCUCGUCUUGCCUUUGCACGCUCACUAUUCAUGAAGUCUCUGGCUUUGCUAUUCAACUUAAUGGCGGAUGUCUUCGGGAGAAACUCACAGCCUUCUACACCCACGGAAGCCUCAGACAUAGCAGAUCUUAUCGAUUUCUUACACCAUGCGGUUCUAUAUGAAGGACAGGGAGGACCGGUGCAGAGUACUAGUAAACCUAAAAUAGAGACCCUAGCUCUCUGUGGGAAGUUAAUGGAACUUUUAAGACCCGACGUUCAACACCUUCUUUCUCACCUUCGAACUGAUCCCAUGUCUUCCGUUUAUGCUGUUACUCAUCCGAAGGUGGUGUCUCAGAAUCCUCCUCAGUAUUAAGUUUGUUUGGUGGUAUAUAUCUUCUUUUUUUCCUGUCUUUUUUAGAAUGGCAGCAGCAUGUACUAACUCAACAAUGUAUUUAUUGACGUAUGAUAUAUAUGAUACAUUAGAUGUAAGGGUGGUAUGUCAUUUUUGACGUAUGUAUCAACCCAAACAAUCAACCAGUAAAUCACUAUUUGUCACUCGAUCCUGAAAUCUUGGGGUUUCUACAGUGAUUCUGUUUAAGCAAGACUUGAAAU